GGAUAUCAGGUAGGGAAAAAAAUCACUGAUGAUUCAGAUCAUGCCUGGAACAUGGUGUAUCUGGAAGAUCGAUGGCACCUACUGGACAGCACAUGGGGAGCUGGUACAAUUAACAUGAAAAUAAACAAGUUCAAUUUUAGGCAUGAUGAGUUUUAUUUCCUCACCCAUCCUGCCCUCUUUAUAGAGGAUCAUUUCCCUGAACUGGGAGACUGUCAAUUACUUCACACAAAAGUACCUUUGGAGAUCUUUGAAAGGUCUCCACAUGUUCAUAGUGACUUUUACGGACUGGGAAUGGUAUCCUACCAACCUCGCACAGGA